AUGCAAACGGUGCGAGAACUGAAGAUUGAUCUGGCUAUGAUUUCGGAGCCGUACCGACACCUCGGCACCCAAUCCUGGGUUACUGAUGCCAAUGGCGGGGCAGUAAUCUGGGCUUGUGGGAACAGGCCUUUUCAAGACAGCGGAAGGAGGAAGGGCUACGUGAAGGCGAAGAUCGAUGGAAUUCACGUCUACAGCUGUUAUACCCCACCGAGUCUCAGCAUCGAUGAGUUCACAGACUUCCUGGACAGGCUGACUGUGGAUGCCAAGCAACACUUUUCAGUGAUGAUAGCUGGUGACUUCAAUGCCUGGGUAGUUGACUGGGGCAGCAAGGUGACAAACGCCAAGAGUCAAGCUGUUCUGGAAGCCAUGUCCGCUUUGGACGUGAUCUUGCUGAACAGAGGAGAUGAACCAACCUUCAUGGGGGGAGAGGCGAGCUCAAUUAUGGAUCUUACCUUCGUGACUGGUGCUCUCGCUAAGAGAAACUACACAUGGAGAGUAGCUGAUAUAUAUACGGCUAGUGACCACCGAGCCAUACUUUGGGAGAUAUGUUCCAACCAGAAGGUCGCAUCAACAGCCAAGAAGACCAACAGCGUUGGCUGGAGAGUGAGCACUUUCGAUCCAGGCUCAUUUGCGGUGGCAUUAGAUGACCAUCCAAUCGCUGGUACAGAUACAGCUUCGAAGGCGCAGAGCAUCAGGAGGAAGGUGAGUAAAGCCUGCGGCGCCACAAUGACGAGAAAGCGGACCACGAAUCGACAUCCACCAGUGUACUGGUGGAAUGAGACCAUCGUUGUGCUACGGAAGGAGUGCAAUGCAGCCAGGAGGUCAUCUCAGCGUGGUAGGAAAAGUCCCAACUUCAUGGAGUUGGAGAUGAAGUACAAGAAGGCACGGCGAAAGCUCAGCAAAGCCAUCAAGCAUAGCAAGAGGCAAUGCUGGAGCCAAUGCUGGAGGCUCCACCUCGCUAAGGAGCUCGUCCUUAGCGAGGUGGAGACCGACCCAUGGGGGAGGCCCUACAGGGUGGUGAUGACACGACUCAAGAGUCAAACAAUGCCAUCGUGUCCGGUGCUCCUGAACAGAAUUGUGGAGACGCUGUUCCCAAGUCAACCGGAAUUUCGCCACAACUCUGAACAAUGGGAAGGAGAAAUUGUCCCGGAGAUCAUCAGGGAAGAGCUGAUNAAGAGUCAAUCAAUGCCAUCACCAUCGUGUCCGGUGUUCCUGAACAGAAUUGUGGAGACGCUGUUCCCAAGUCAACCGGAAUUUCGCCGCAACUCAAUGGGAACAAUGGGAAGGAGAAAUUGUCCCGGAGAUCACCAGGGAAGAGCUGAUGGAGGCCUGCAAAAGAGUGGGAAACUUCAAAGCUCCAGGGCUUUACGGAAUCCCGAACAUCGCGUUGAAGCUGGCCAUUAA